CAAGAACCCACGUGACAUACCGGUACAGAAGAUCUUGACUCUCUCUAAAAGAGAAAGAAAGAUUCAGCGAGUAYACUAUGGCUUCUGGAGACGAAUCUACCGUUAAAGAAAACAAGGAACCCAAAAACGAACAGGUGAAGGAGGAAGUGAAGAAAGAAAAUGCAGUUGCUCCAGUUCAGAAAUAUAUCAAGCAUCCACUCCAGAAUAAAUGGAGUUUGUGGUUUUUCAAAAAUGAUAAACAAAAAUCAUGGACUGAGAACUUGAGGACUGUCACGUCAUUUGAUACUGUGGAAGAUUUCUGGGCGGUUUAUAAUCAUAUACAAUUAGCAAGCAAGUUAAAUUCAGGCUGUGAUUACUCACUCUUCUUCUUCUGAUUGGUGAAGCGUUUGGUGAUUUAUCAGAUGGUGUUAAUGGUGCUGUAAUACAGAUCCGUAAUAAGGGUGAUAAACUAGCCAUAUGGACYGACAAUGCCAAGGACCAAGAGGGUGCUACACGGAUAGGACAAAUCUUCAAAGAAAGAAUAGGACUUCCACCAAGAGUGCAUAUAGGAUAUCAGGCACACAAUGACACUAUGAGUAAGACAGGCUCUACAACCAAAUCCUUAUUCUCAUUAUAAUGCAUCAAAUAAUAGAGUGGUCCAUAUUUUAUGAAGACUAGGAGUUAUUCUAUUUAAUGCUUGACACAGACUAGAUCUUGAUACCCAGUAAGAGAGUUUACAUUCUAAAAGAUCUGCACRAAAURUAUAAUAGAUAUUACAURUUUGACAUAUCAGAUGAAAGUCAUUCCAUUCCCUGAAUUUAUUAUAGUAGCAUUAUUAUCAUAAUAUUAAUUUAUCAGAUCGAUAAACCCACAUUAUAAUGUGUCCUUGAAGUUUUAUACAUGUACAAGACUUGGUAGCUCAUUGGUUAGAGAAUGGCACAGUAUUCAUCAAUUCAAAUCCCGUUCAAGACUCGGAAUUUUUUCUGAGCAUUUUUACUGCUAGGAUCAGCUCAAUUUGAUACAUUAUUAUCAUCACCAACUUAUCACUUAAACAUCAUCUGAUUCUGUGACCAUCAUCAUCAUCAUUAUCAUCAUCAUCAUCACCACCAUCAUCAUCAUCAUCAGAAGCAGAGGCAGAAAGUGAUGAAUCAUAAUGAUAGGGUUGACCAAACAAUUUUAAGCUUUACUUAUUCAUGUAUUGCAUAUUAGUCAAAUCCAACAAGUGGUCUAUCAUCAAUGCUGCAUUCUUAUUGRAUGAGCUACUACCAGGCUUUAGUUAUAGCCUACGGGUAGCGAAAAGUGCCGGCUUUGAAAACCGAAACAUUAAAUUUAACUUUAUUUUAAAACUUGYUUGAAUCUAWAUAUUUGACUGACUAGUUGGAUUUGACUAAAACAAUUAGUUCUUACACCCACAYGGCCUAUGAGUCAAUAGUCCAAUCGUGACUCAUGGUCCAUUCUGGUAUGAGGAAUAAUUGCUAAACAUCAUUUUGCUAAAGAUUAGCUUGAAAGUUUUUCAUCAUUAUUCCAUUAAAAGCAUGACCAAUAUGGCAUGGCUUUGUUGGACUUCUCAAUUAUAACCUUGCAAAGCAUUAUGGGAAAUAAUUGUGUCUUCUUUUUGAAUGAAACCUCUCUUGCUGGGUGCAGCAUAAGGUCAAAGUGUGUCAGACACAAAUCAUUUCUGAUAAAAAAUAUUAAGAAAAGUCGAAGAAACUAAAGUAGAAGCCAAAUAUUGGUMGAGAGCUUUGGUUGCUGGCCUGAACGUCACAAGUAAUAAUUGAACAGGACUUUAGCUAUGAAGUAAUCUAAAGAAAUGUCAAGGAGAUACCAAAGAUUCUUGUCCAAUGGGAUGCWCUAAAACUGAAGAUUUCAAGGCAURGRCAAGRCAUGGUUAUUGAUCAGAUGACAUGCCCAAGAACGAAAGGAAAUUCAAGUUAUAAUGGUAUCUGUUGGAUAUGGCACCAAAUUUUGUGCAAACUGUAGCUUGGAAUCGUAAGUUUGAAAUUAAAAGUAAUUUGAAACGACRUUUGGAAGUCCAAACACGCAUAGAUAUUCAAAGUAAGAAAACUAUUUUGAAAAUUCUUGGUUCUCAGAUAUUAGCAAUUAUGCUCAAGUUAGACUAAUCAAAUUGRUGUAUUUUUGCUAUUAGCAUUCAAAAAACUUGGUAGCUUCCAAAAGAAAACAGAAAAAAGUUAUGUCCAAAUUUAUUUUUGUACAUAGCCAAAACUGGCUUUAAUCCUGGCCAUUAUACUCCUUAAGGGAGUGACAUCUGAGCCCAAUUCAUAUCGUGGCAAUACCUCAAAUGCCAUUUCCCAUUAGAGCAUUUUGACCAGGGUUUACCUAACUAGUCUUAUUUUGGUUGCUUCUGUAUUGAUUCAWGUAGUUGUUCACUAUAGUUAACAUAAUUCAUAUAACAUGUGUUAUUUUGUAGCACUUUAUUUAGUGCAUUUAAUUAGAUUAAUAACAUGUAAUCUAGGGUAGGUGGGUAGGUGGGUGGGUUGUAUGAGGGGGUAGUUAGGGGGGAGGGUAUCUACAGAUUUAAUGACAUUAGUGUCUUGGCUAUUGUUAUAGAAUGUCCAUAAAUAUGUAGCUGUCACUCAAUUUAUUUUAAUUUUGUCGUGUCAGGACAAGGCAUUAUGGAAUUACUUCAAAUGCUAAGUUUGUUAAGACAUUCUAAUUUUACUGUUUUGUUCAUAACACCAUACCUCUAUACCUUUGGUAUAAUAUUAAUAUGGAUAUUCACUCAAACAAAGAGACUUAUUCUCCUGGAAAAGAUGUGUUCUGAAGUGGGAAUACAUUGCACUUGAGGAAAAGAGGCCUUUUGCAUCUUCAAGUGCUUUCAUUUAGAUGCUAAUAUGCCAAUCAUUUUAACUGCAAGUCUUGUCACUGCUAUUGUGAACACCGAAAACAAAUUUAGUUAGCAAGUUGUAUGAAGUGUCAMUGUACACACCUAUGGGCAGGGUGAAUGUAAAUUUAGGUAAAUAGCGUAUUUUUAACACCCAAUUAUCUUUACUCUCAGGCCUUUCAAACUUACAGCCGAUGGUUGGGCUAAGUUAGUUCCAUAAUGCCUUAAUGUUACUGAUAGUAGCCAUACUGAGGUUGGGGAAAACUGGGUCGUGUUGGCACUGCUGUGCAUUGUGGGACUGUUUUAUGGGACGAAAUAGACACCAUCUUGGAAAUGUAUCCCCUAAAACACCCUUAACACAGUUUCCAUUCCCCCCUCAACCUUGGAAUGGCUAAGCAAGAAUCUGGAUUUGAUUACCUAUUCUGAUUCCUGUAUCAACUUUGAUGAUAUUUGCCCCAUGUAAUACUAAUGUCGAUUCAUAGAUAAUUAGAUUUAAAUACUUUUAUCAGCUCAUUCAAACCCAUCAAUAAGCUAUCCCACAAUCUGCAGAUAGGGAARCAUUACCCUGCUUGCAGAGGUCUUUUUCUGCCCUCAAUUUUGGCUUUACAUCCUGCUGCUCAGCCAUACAAAGGGGAAGAAUAACCUCUGCUCACAGGGUAGGGAAACAUGGGCAUACCAGCAGCAAACCCCUCCUCGGAUCAGACCCAUGCAAAACAUAUCUUAUUGGAAGGCUUUACAUCCUGCUGCUCAGCCAUACAAARGGGAAGAAUAACCUUUGCUCACAGGGUAGGGAAACAUUGGCAUACCAGCAGCAAACCCCUCCUCGGAUCAGACCCAUGCAAAACAUAUCUUUUUGGAAGGCUUUACAUCCUGCUGCUCAGCCAUACAAAGGGGAAGAAUAACCUUUGCUCACAGGGUAAGGAAACAUUGGCAUACCAGCAGCAAACCCCUCCUCUGAUCAGACCCAUGCAAAACCUAUCUUAUUAGAAGGCUGUCAGUGAUACUCGUUAUUUCAAAUGAGGUAAAUGAUCUAAAUCUAAAUAAUUUCAUAAAGUCAUCGGUACUUUUUAUUUUUACCAUGGSUAAUCAAGGGUUUCAUUAAGGAUAGGGGAUAGGAGAAUGCCUCAACUACCAUUAACAGUUUAGUUACUUGUAAAAUGUUUAGUUAGGUUCAGGUCAAACCUUGAACUUCACAUGAGCCGAAACCAAUUGAAACAAUGGUUCGGCUCAUGUAAAGUUUUCCGUCUAGUUCAUGACCUUUUCCGAAUCCUAUCAUUUCAAAACUUAAUGAGGUAAUAUUCCAUUUCUUGUAUKACUCUCWCUGUUGCCAUAGAAAUAAAUURAAUUAAGCUCGCUUUA